UCGGCGGGAUGGACUGCAGGCUGGGUGGAAAGGGGACAGGAUCAUGCAUCCACCUGGGAGCCAAUCAGAGCCCAAAGCUAAAAAGGGGCGGAACCUGAUCCGCGUCGAUAGCGCGGUUACUGCAGCAGUCACGGCAGCUUCUGUCUGCCCAGCUGAGAAGAUGACUGUGGGGAGGCCUGCGGGAACCUCUGGCGACGCUCAGAACCUUCAGAGCCGGACCUUGAGGACCCAGGAAAACCAUCACCAAGUGUCACCUGGAGGCCUGCACUGGCCUGCCCCCAUCUGGUUUCCAGCUGCAGUAAUUCAUCCUCUGGAGUCCCAUCCUGGCACCAUGCCUGCAGGCCUUUCUAAGGACACCUCAUGCCACUGUCCUCCAGCCACACUGGUCCUCUUUCUGCCUCUCCAAGAGUCAAGUUUGUACCUACUUCAGGUAUUUUCCCCCAAAUCCUCCUCAGACACAGAGGCGGAAGAGGAGCUGUCUGGGGAUGGACUGGUUUUUCCCAGGGCUGGCAAACUUGAUGAUUUCCUCAACUCAGAGGAGACAGAUUCUACUUCUCCUGCCUCAACUGGGAGCUUUUAUGAGACCCUGCAAGUACUAAAGCUGAAAGGCAGGGGGUGCCUGUUGGAAUCCUGUUCUCAGUCUGACCCAGACAGUGAUGAGAACCUCUGUGUAGAUGAGGAGGACCUGAAGAAUUUCUUCCAAGACAAAGGCAGGGGGAAGCCAUGGGUCCAGGACCGCCUGUCUCCGAGGUGUGGCUCCACAAGACGCUGCAGCUCCCUAAGCAACCUAGCCACCGACGUGGCCCAAGUUCCGUCCCAGCCACCCUCAGGAUCCAGGCCUCCUUCCCAGCACAGAAGCCUCAGCUCCUGGGCAUCAUCCAUCACCGUCCCUCAACCAUUCCGUAUGACGCUGCGUGAGGCCCGGAAAAAGGCCCAGUGGCUGGCUUCACCUGCCUCCUUUGAGCACAAGAGGCAGCAGGCCCAGAGGCAGGGCCAGGAGGAGGCAGAGUGCCACCGGCAGUUCCGGGCCCAACCUGUGCCCGCACAUGUCUACCUGCCCCUCUACCAGGAGAUCAUGGAGCGCAACGAGGCCCGAAGGCGGGCGGGGAUCCAGAAAAGGAAGGAAGUGCUCCUCUCUUCCUUGAAGCCCUUCAGCUUCCUGGAGAAGGAGGAGCAACGAAACGAAGCCGCUCAACAGAGGGAAUUGGCUGCCACCUCUAAGGCCAAGGUCUCCAAGCAGAAAACCACCAGAAGGAUCCCCAAGUCCAUUCUGGAGCCAGCCCUUGGGGACAAACUCCAGGAAGCUGAACUCUUCAGGAAAAUCCGCAUCCAGAUGAGAGCCCUGGACACGCUCCAGAUGGCCUCCUGCCCCAUCACCUCCUCCAGUCUCAGGGCCGACCCACAGCUUCGCACAGCCACCCGAACCCAGGAGGAAAAGCUCUGGUUUCUGCAAACUGACUUUGGGUUCCAGCCUCGGGUGAAUCCCGCCGUCCCUGACUAUGAAGGCCUCUACAAGGCCUUCCAGAGAAGAGCUGCCAAGAGAAGGGACACCCGAGAGGUGACUCGCAACAAGCCCUUCCUGCUGCGAACUGCCAGCCUGCGCCACACUCAGCGGCCCUGUGAUGCUGCCGCCUCCGGAGGGACGAGGGACUCUCCACAGCCACCGGCCACACCCUGGCCAAGGAGUCAUUCUCUGAGUGGCCUUGCUUCCCUCUCUGCCAACACCCUCCCUGUGCGUAUCACAGAUGCCACCAGGAAGAGGGAAUCUGCAGUCAGAAGUUCACUUGAAAAAAAAGACAAAGCAGAUGAGAGUACUCAGUGGUUGGAGAUGCACAAAAAGAAGUGUCAAGCAAUGUCUAAAUCCGUGACCUUGCGUGCAAAAGCCAUGGAUCCUCAUAAGAGCCUGGAGGAGGUGUUCAAAGCAAAGCUAAAAGAAAACCGGGAUAAUGACCGUAAAAGAGCCAAAGAGUAUAAGAAAGAAUUGGAGGAAAUGAAGAAGAGAAUACAAAUGAGGCCCUAUCUCUUCGAACAAGUUACCAAGGACCUUGCCAGGAAAGCAGCAGAACAACGGUAUCAGGACGCCCUCAGGCAGGCCGGGCUGGAUGAAGACUUUGUGAGGAACGAGGGUCGGGGCACCCAGGCUCUACAAUGGCAGGAAUGCUCAGGAGUCCAUGAUUAUCCCAGCACCCAUGAAACCACAAGACUCGGCAUCAGAAAUCCACAGCAGGAUAUAGAAGAAUCUCUAGAACAGCCUACAAGCCCCAAGAAAGAACUGGAGAAGCUGUCUGAUGAAUUGCUAGAUAAUGUCAAAUCACUUGCUUAAUCAGUACUCUUAAAAGUACUGCUUUUCAAUACUAAGCAGCUAACUUGAGAUUGAAUCAAGACAGACAAAACUACGGUUUUGAGUCAUGGCUACUCUUGGAGAAUGGGGAAAAGAAAAGUAGCUGAUAACAGGGAAUGGUUCAAAUAAAUCAAAGUGGAGAAGCUCAGGGUGGGGGAUCAGAGCCGAGUUAAGGGUUCUUGCUUUGUGCCUCGUACUUAAACUAUAGGUACUUUAAAAAAAGGGCACAAGCCCACAUGGCCCACAGGGACUAGUCAGGAAACAAAUGGGUCAGACGGGCUGGGUGUAAGAUACGGUAGCAGAAACUGGAGUCUCUGCUGGAAUACAGGUCCAGAAUUGUCAGAUCAACUGCGUUUUCAACAGAAGCCAGAAAUACGCAUGUUGGCAACUAAUUAAAAAUUACUUGAAAAUAUUACCUGGGCAAAACAAAACAUCUUGGGGAUGACAACUUCUCCUACAGGGUUUCUCAACCUCAGUACUACUGACAUUUUGGACCAGAUAAGUCUUUGUUGGGUGCAGGGAGAGGGAACUGUCCUGUACACUGUAGGUUGUUUAGCAGCAUUCCCUGGACUCGACUCACUAGAUGCCUGUAAACACCCCUUUCCCCAGUUGUGACAACCAAAAAUGUCUCUAGGUAUUGCCAGCGUCCCUGGCAUUGGGGGCAGGGGCAAAACAUCUCCAGUUGAGAACCACUCCUCUAGUAUAAAAGUAAGGCUACAGAAAGUAAGAACUGGCAUUUUAAGAAUACGUGUAAUUGACAUGAACUCAAUCUACAUAGCACAGCUGAUUAUAUGUGUUAUAACUUAAGAACUAUUAAUUACUUUAUUUAAAAAGCAGUUUUUUCCUGUUAUCUGUUUAGAAUGUGCCACUGUGAAUGUGUCAGCCUGAGGUUCAUUUUAAAUAAAUUUGAAAUUUCUCUGACAUCCAUGAUUUUCUACUAGUACAUGAUCUUUGGAAUACUUUUCUUCUCACCAAUUAGAGAUAUUCUCUCCCAGUAGCUGUAGACAGGAUGAUAGCAAGAGUGCCUACUCUAACAGAAGCAUCUUUCUCUUUUUUUUCUUAACUUUCUGGAAAAUUCAAAAGUGUCUGUUCUUAUUGCCAACUUUCCAGACUCAGACAUGGUCCCUGCUGGUGAUGACACACUGAUACUCUGAUAACUACCACCUGGGUUUGCUAAUUAAGAGAUGAGAAAAAAAAAAAAAAACAGAUGAGG